AUGAGUACUCCUGCAAAUUAUACGCGUGUUCCCUUGUGCGAACCAGAGGAGCUGCCAGCCGACAUACAAAAAGAGAAUGAAUAUGGUACACUAGAUUCUCCAAAGCACUUGUACCAAGUCAAAUCACGUCAUGGAGAACCAUUAUCAGAACCUGUCAUUGACACUCCUCCUUACUAUAUUUCCUUAUUGACGUAUCUAAACUAUUUGAUUUUGAUCAUACUGGGCCAUGUUCAUGAUUUUUUAGGUAUGACUUUCCAAAAGAGUAAACAUUUGGAUCUUUUGGAACGUGAUGGGUUAGCACCUUGGUAUUCAAAUUUCGAGAGUUUUUACGUUAGAAGAAUUAAGUUGAGAAUUGACGAUUGUUUUUCUAGACCAACAACAGGUGUUCCUGGUAGAUUUAUUCGUUGUAUCGAUAGAAUAUCUCAUAAUAUAAACGAGUAUUUUACCUACUCGGGCGCAGUAUACCCAUGCAUGAACUUAUCAUCAUAUAACUAUUUAGGCUUUGCACAAAGUAAGGGUCAAUGUACUGAUGCUGCCCUAGAAUCUGUCGAUAAAUAUUCUAUUCAAUCGGGUGGACCAAGAACUCAAAUUGGUACUACGGACCUGCACAUUAAAGCAGAGAAAUUGGUUGCCAGGUUUAUCGGUAAGGAGGAUGCUCUUGUUUUCUCAAUGGGUUAUGGAACGAACGCCAAUUUGUUUAACGCUUUUCUGGAUAAGAAAUGCUUAGUCAUAUCUGAUGAACUAAACCACACCUCCAUUAGGACAGGUGUUAGACUAUCAGGUGCUGCUGUGAGAACUUUCAAGCAUGGUGAUAUGGUGGGAUUAGAAAAGCUUAUUAGAGAACAAAUUGUCCUUGGCCAACCAAAAACAAAUCGCCCAUGGAAGAAGAUUCUAAUUUGUGCGGAAGGGUUGUUUUCCAUGGAGGGUACGUUGUGCAAUUUGCCAAAAUUGGUUGAAUUGAAAAAGAAAUAUAAAUGUUACCUGUUCAUCGAUGAAGCUCAUUCUAUAGGUGCCAUGGGUCCAACUGGCCGUGGUGUAUGUGAAAUUUUUGAUGUUAAUCCCAAGGACGUUGACAUCCUAAUGGGCACUUUUACUAAGUCCUUUGGUGCUGCUGGUGGUUACAUUGCUGCUGAUAAAUGGAUUAUUGAUAGAUUGAGAUUAGAUUUGACCACUGUUAGUUAUAGUGAAUCGAUGCCAGCCCCUGUUUUAGCUCAAACUAUUUCCUCUUUGCAAACUAUUAGUGGCGAAAUAUGUCCGGGACAGGGUACUGAAAGAUUACAACGUAUUGCCUUCAACUCCCGCUACCUACGUUUAGCUUUGCAAAGGUUGGGAUUUAUUGUCUACGGUGUUGCCGACUCGCCAGUCAUCCCACUUUUGCUGUAUUGUCCUUCUAAAAUGCCUGCAUUUUCGAGGAUGAUGUUACAAAGAAGGAUUGCCGUUGUUGUUGUUGCCUAUCCCGCUACUCCAUUAAUUGAAUCGAGAGUGAGAUUCUGUAUGUCAUCAUCUUUAACAAAAGAAGAUAUUGAUUAUUUAUUACGUCAUGUUAGUGAGGUUGGUGAUAAAUUGAAUUUGAAAUCAAAUUCAGGGAAAUCUAGUUACGAUGGUAAACGUCAAAGGUGGGACAUCGAAGAAGUCAUUAGAAGAACACCUGAGGACUGUAAGAACGACAAGUAUUUUGUCAAUUAA